AUGUCGCAGAAACCUCCACCUACCAAGUUAUCACAAAUCCAAUUAGACGAGGACCGCAAGGACUGUUUGUGGGGCUCUUUUUGUGUAACUAUCUUGUUACUUUUCGGUAUUUGGCUAUAUUUUUCGCUUUUCUCGGAAGACUCGCAGCCCUAUAAACCAGUGGAGUUCAGUAUAGCAGAUGCCUCAAUCACGCAGUUUAAUCUCACGAGCGACAACACCUUAUACUAUAAUUUUAAGUUCAAUAUAUCUGUGAGAAACCCACACUUCGGCCAGUAUAUGAGCGAGAUUUAUGACAUAUCUGCGAUUUCUUCAUAUAAAGGAAACAAAUUUGCUAUGGUGGAUAUGGAAUCCUUUGACGCAGAUUUUAAGAACACUAUUUUGAAGCCAGUCGUGUUUUAUGGGAAUAGUUUGAUCAAACUCAAUGCUCAACAACUUAUGGAGUACAAUAAUGAGACACUAUUGAAAAAAUUUAAUUUAGAUUUGAAAUUAAAUUUGAAACACAACGAAUAUGUUUAUUGUAUAGGUUUAAGAGUUCCUUUGAUUUCUAAUGAAAAAUUAGAAUCUAGUUUCAAUGUUACCGAAUGCUCUCGCGAAUACCAGGGAUGGGGUUAG